AUGGAGAGUGUUGACAUGAUUAGAAGCUUAUCAGAAACAUAUGCAAGUGAAGAAGAGAUGUCAAUAACGAAAGGUCCAUGGACCGAGGAAGAGGAUUCUGUUCUCUUCAACUACAUCACUGUCCACGGCGAAGGUCACUGGAACUCCGUUGCUCGCUCCACAGGUCUAAAGAGAACGGGUAAAAGCUGCAGAUUAAGAUGGUUGAACUACUUGCGUCCUAGCGUUCGACGUGGGAACAUAACCCUCCAAGAACAGCUCUUGAUUCUUGAUCUCCAUUCCCGCUGGGGCAACCGAUGGUCGAAAAUAGCUGAACAUCUACCAGGCAGAACAGACAACGAGAUAAAAAAUUAUUGGAGAACGAGAGUGGUGAAGCAGGCUAAGCAACUCAAAUGUGAUGUAAACAGCAAACAGUUCAGAGAUACCAUGCGUUUUGUGUGGAUGCCACGUAUGCUAGAGAGGAUCCAGGCUCAGGCCUCGUCGGGCCAGGCCCAGCCCACCUCAAUUUGCAACACUCAAGCCCACAGCGACCCUUGUGGAGUCAACGCCAGUUUGUUGUCAGAAGUCAACGCCCCUUCUCUCUCUGACUCUGGUGCAUCUUAUAAUAAUAGGGAAGAGGAAGGUGGCACCCUAUCCCUAUGGCAGAAGAGAAACUAUUCAGACAUAUCAUGCAAUGGUUUCGGUGGUUCAGACUUAUGGACGGAUGAAAAUAUUUGCUUUUUGCAACAACAGCUAGCUGAUGACUUGUAA